GUUUGCACAAGUACGAACUAGACUGUUGUAUCUACCUGCUGCUUCGAAAUCCAAUCACAAUGUCUCACUUGACGGACCAUACCCUCGUGCCUCGAGUAUCUCGAGCACUUUCUCUAUCCCCUUGACCGUAGCUGGGUGAUUAGGAUUGAAAUGAAGUCUCUCGAGAUAGUACCCGUGCAUCCCUUUGGCAGACUCGUAAGCUGUUUGCCCCUGUGCGCUGCGAGCGUUCUCAACUCCAUGAUCAAUCAGCCACUCCACGACCGCGGGGCUCCCGCAUUCCGCCGCCUCAUGCAAGAGCGCCUGCGGUGGGCCUGGCUCGUUUGGUGCUCUCUGAGCGAUUGGAGCACCUGGGCUGCUCUUAUCCGGGGCAGCCGCUGUACCACUUACGCUACCGAUCCCGCGCCGGCUGAGGAUCUCGAGAAGCUGGACGUCGUCCUUCUGCGCUGCGAUGGUCCAGAGGCUGCGCACGGCAUGCUGAGGAAUAACGCCGUUGGACUCAAUGUACUUGUCCAGGAAGACGUUGACGAUGCCCGGCCCGCUGAAGGCCAUGGCGAUCUGAACCUUGCCCCAGUCAGGCUGCAGCCCGCGACGCGUCAGUUCCUCAAACAGCGUGCGGGCAGCAGCCUCGUCGGGUCCGGAUGCGGCACUGAGGAACAUGUAAUCGCGCGGGGUCGCCCAGCCUGUCGCAAGCAUGUCGACCCAGAUGUCGCACGCAUUGUCUUGCUGUCCACUGAACAUGCGGUGGGUGCAGAACUCCCGCCCUGCAACGGUGGACGUAUGCGUAUGACCGCCAUCUUCUGGGCUGAAGACGAGGUCGUGGUCCGGCGCCGCGGGAACAUUGCGGAUCGUGUCCUUGGCCAGAGGGCGGUUUCCUACCAUCAACGUGCGAGCAAGGAGGAUUUGAGCGAGUGAUGAGUCAGACAGUACACCCGUGGGGGCGUCCGCGGUGUCAUCGAGCUGCUGAAGGUGCUCCCAAGUCGAGGUCUCGCAAGCGAGUAGCAUGGAAAUGAGUGGCUCUUCGGCGGCUGUCAAUCCCAUCACAGGAUUAGGGGCGUCGCCCGGGCGAAGCAUGCAUGCCAUUGUUGCUGCCUGGAAGACAUCAUGCUCCGAGUUGCGAGCAACGAAGUCGCUCGAGAUGCCCUGGCACUGCUCAUGGCGUACGCCUUGAAAGACAUGUCUGGUGUGGUCACGCAGAUAAUCCUCGAUUGAGAUGGAGCCAGCCUGAAGCUCGUUGCUGCUGGCCCAGAAGCAGCGGCUGCCUGAGACGGAGGAGGCCAUCUUAGGGUGUAGAGAGAGCCGAAAGUGCA